UCUUGGGGAAUGGUUCUCCAACCAAAUCUGGAAGUUGCUACACUUAGUAAUUGGGAGGAGCGAAGUCAUUUCACUGGCUUUAAUCGAAGGUUAUCACGAUGGUUUGAAUCACCACGGUUGUCCAACACCUCUGUUGGCAGUAAUGACCGGGCCUCUACAGCUACACUGUCUGAUUGUUCUGACUUUCCAGAAAUCCAGCGGCCCAUAAGUGUGGUGUCCACCAUCUCAUCCGGAUCAGGUUCCUCUCGGGAUGACGUACCCCUGUCAGGCAUCCCAUCCACUGUUCCCAUUGAGGCCAACUUGGACCUGAAGUUGACCCCUUCUGGGGACCCAAGUCAAACUCAGGACACUAACCUGACCCCGGCACCCAGUCUCUUCCUCCGGAAAAAUAGCAGCAAAGCUCUAAACCACAGCAGCUCCUCUCAACACACUUUAUCUCCGUUUGCUGCCAAAACCAUGGCACCCAACCCUGAGCUCACCUACCUGGACAGAGUGGUCAUGGAGAUCCUUGAGACCGAGCGUAUGUAUGUGAGAGAUCUGCGGAGUAUCGUAGAGGACUACCUCGCUCACAUUAUAGACAUUGAUGACCUUCCCAUUGGGCCAGACGAGGUGUGUGCUCUGUUUGGAAACAUAGAGGACAUCUAUGAGUUUAACAGUGAGCUGCUUCAAUCAUUGGACAUGUGUGACAAUGAUCCUGUGGCCAUUGCCAGAUGCUUUGUGCUCAAGCGUGAAUAUUUUGACAUCUACACACAAUAUUGCACCAACUACCCAAACUCUGUAGCUGCUCUAACGGACUGCAUGAGAAACAAAACACUGGCCAAGUUCUUCAGGGAGAGGCAAGCUACUCUAAAGCGAACUCUACCUCUGGGAUCUUACCUGCUCAAGCCUGUGCAGAGGAUACUCAAAUAUCAUCUCCUGCUUCAGGAGAUUGCAAAGCACUUUGAUCCAGAGGAGGAGGGGUAUGAGGUGGUGGAGGAGGCCAUAUACACUAUGACGGGUGUAGCAUGGUAUAUAAACGACAUGAAAAGAAAACAUGAGCAUGCAGUCCGGCUCCAGGAGGUUCAGUCUCUGCUCAUUAACUGGAAGGGACCUGAUCUGACUACAUUUGGGGAAAUGGUCCUGGAGGGCACCUUCCGUGUCCAUCGUGCCAAGAAUGAGCGUACGCUCUUCCUGUUCGACCGCAUGCUCCUCAUCACUAAACGGCGAGGAGAACAUUAUGUCUAUAAGACCAACAUCUCGUGCUCAACACUCAUGCUGAUUGAGAGUGCCAAGGACUCAUUGUGCUUCAGUGUCACUCAUUACAAGCAUCCCAAACAGCCUCAUACUGUCCAGGCUCGGACGGUGGAGGAGAAAAAAUUAUGGGCUCACCAUAUCAAACGUCUCAUUCUUGAAAACCAUCAGGCUGUUAUACCACAGAAGGCAAAGGAAGCAAUCUUGGAGAUGGAUUCUAUUUAUAAAAACUACAGGUACAGCCCUGAGAGACUGAAGAAGUCUGUGUCGUGUAAAUCAGAGGAGUUCUUGAACUCUAGACAGGGUCGAAGACAGUCUGAAACAUCUAAAGAGAUCCUGAGGAGCACUAAAGCAAUAUUGAAGCAUGCAAACAGUGAGGGUGCUUUGCCUGCUGAUGGACGACCUUUAAAGGCCAAGGCUAGCGUCAGCACUCUGGGCUCGAGUAUAAGCGAGUCUGAAGCUGACAGGCCUGCCCUAGAUGAUGAAGACUCUCUAGAAGCCCUGAUUCACGGUGACAAUAAAGAGUCGGCCCCUGUCUCGACCUCCCCAAAGGACAGGUUAACCCGGGAGGAUGAGGAAGAUGCAGCGGAUGAGGGAAGUGACUCUGAUGAUAUUCUCAUGCAGGACAACCAGGUAGCUGACUUUGCCAGUUCCAUGCUGGAUGCCAUUUCCUGCUGGCACUAUAGAGCAAGGGCAUUGCUUUCCAUGGGCUUCACAACGGAUGAAGAGGAGUGUGAGGUCACUGAGAAUAACUUCAGAAGAGACAUUGGCCCAUCAGCUGAACAUGAAGAGGCUAACUCAGAACAGACACUUGAGGACAAGUCUCAAAACCUGAACAUUACCUCUUACUGGGGUUCCACCGAGGAACUAAAGCCGGACACCUCUUCUGAUUCAGAGUUCAUUGAGAUGGACCAGCAGGUUACAAAUAUUCAUGAUCUGGAGUCGGUAAGGGACAAAGAUGACCAGGAAGUUCCCAAAGAAGAGACCUUGCCACUCUUACAGCAAGUCAACACGCCCGGCGAGUCCUCAGAGGACGAUGAGGAUGCCGAGGAGAAGACAGACUCCAGUAGCAUCCUUCCAUCAUCUGUACUGGACAGAGCCAGUGUUAUUGCAGAACACUUUGCCUGUAAUGCACGACGUAGUAGCGUCAGCACUGAAGAGGUGCACUCCCUCGGUUGCACAUCUCCACAUCUUGCCAGCAGGACUGGAAGCAUUCUAAUUCUGGGAGAUGCCCAUGAGCGGCCACACCGUCUGGCUAGUACCUGCUCUGAGUCGCAUGGCAUUCCAUUGACCCAAGAAGCCCUUGCAGAAACAGACUCUAUGAUCAUGUCCUCAAGAGACGACAAUCUUUUUGACUCUGAUCGAAGCAUCCUCAUAAGAAAGGAUUCGGUGCUUUCAAUGCAAGACCAACUACUCAUUGACAAGGUUAGGAGCUACUAUGAAAACGCAGAACACCAGGAUGCUACUUUUAGCUUAAAGCGUAGAGAGAGCCUCAAUUACAUUCCUAGUGGACUUGUGAGAAAUUCAGUUAGUCGUUUCAACAGCAUUCCUAAGGAUAAUGGCCUUGCCCCCGACAAGAUCACCAAUUCAUCUGGACCUGAUAAAGCUCAUACCCCUGCCAUAGAACAUCCAUUGGUUACCAUGGCUCUCUCAGAGGCAAAUAUGAGUACGAUGUCAGCUUCUGAGGCAUGUUCUGUUAUCAGUGCUUCCACAAAUUUCACUGGGUUUGAUCAAAAUAAUGACGUUGGUGUAGAUGGUUCAAUGAAACCUCUGGAAAGCCACCAAGAAGAGGUUUUCCGCCCCUCCUCUGAAAUGAUCAAAGUAUGGCAGGACAUGGAGAGAGAGGUCACUAGAUGUCAAGGGGACCUCAAGGCACUGCAACCUCAAGAGACUCCUUAUUUUAGAGGCACCAGUCCGAGCCUCUCCAGGAUGGGUCAAAACCAGGGCAAAACAUCACAAACAGAAGGUGGUGAUGGACUGAUAUUACUUGAAGAUUCAGAUCUUAGCACUAUCACAGAGGAAUCAUCCACACCAUCACCUCUUAAGGAGAAGGAAAAGAUCUUGAACCAUGCAAGCAGUGAGAAUGAAGGUAUCAGGCCCCGAAUUUGGGAGGAUGAAGGAAGGCCCAUUAGAGCUUUAGUACCACGAGUUAUUCAGUUGAGGGCUGAAGAAGAGAGAGACUCAAGUUCUCAGUCAGCAGAAGAUGCAGAUUCAGCCCAAAACAAAGUUUUCCAUCUUGCAAAAAAGUUCAGUCAAUGCAUCAAGUCCACACAACCAGAGCUGAGAUACAAGAAUCAGGAGGGAGAUCCACUGAUAUCCAAGAGAGACUGGCUAUCGGUGGUAGAAGAAAAGUCAGAGAAGGAGGCCAAAGGUAAACCAAACCUGAUGCUGUCGCUGACUCCAUACGACCAAGCUGGCUAUGAUGGAGACCUGAAGGUCCAGGUUAUGACCCCCAGCCCAAUCCACACUCCUAAUUCUGUCAGUAGCCCAAGAGUCUUGUCUCCAUACCUGUCCCGCUCCAGGAGUCCUCUUAGUCCCUCCCCAUCUGAGAACUUCAACUGGCCAGAUGUCCGUGAGCUUCGCUCGAAGUAUUCUCAUUUGGGCGGCUCGUUGAGGCAACCACUAGUCAGCCAAAGUCGCUCUGUGCCAGAGAGGGGGUUUGAUGGCGGUUCAAGAAGACGUUCAAGCUACACUUCUAGCUUUGUGACCAAUGUCUCCACAGACGCGCCAACAUAUAAAUCUCAUCCAGUAAGGGAUACAGAAGAUGGGCUGGCUCGGACCCAGCAUGCUGGUUCUUUGGACCAUAAAUUGGCUGGUGCGUACCUAAGUGAUCUGCACAAUCUUCAGAGUAAAAACACCAGCAGUGGCUACUACGUUUCUGCUCGCGCUACCCUUCCCAAUGUGAAAAGCAUAAUUGUGGUCGAGAAACUCCCAGAGGCAACACCACCAGCAGAGAUGGACCAGCCUGCAAAAGAGUCAAAGACACAGGAAAUAAGGACAGAUGAAAUGGACGAAGGCUAUGUGCAAAUUAGUUCGCCAACUUCUCAAGAGAAGAUCGCAAUCAUUGCUGUCAUUGACCGCUGUCUGGCCUAUCAGGGGUCGGAGGAGUACCGUCUGAGGGAAGAGGGAGGGUCGAGAGCAGAACAGUUGCCGAAGAUUAAUAGAACCCAAGAUCUUGAGAAGGCGUCAUCCACUAGUGAACACUUAGAUGAUGCCCUUGUGGAUUCUGGAAAAAGGGCUGAUGCUAGUCAACAGGGUGUUGUGAAGAACCUUAGAGAGAAAUUCCAAAACUUGAGAUAAAAAGAGGCCACAAAACUGUGUAUAUAUGUAUAUUUUUUGGCUCUUCUGUUUUAAGGGACAUGUUUUAAGUUUCAAAAAAUGUAGUAAGUUGUAGGCUGUUAAAUAUUUUCGCAUUAUUAAUUAUUUGUCUCAUUGUUUUAAAGUCAGAUACCACUGAAGGUAUGGUCAGAACUAUCCUACUGUUGCUGAAUUAAUCAUUUUACAGACUUAAACCUCAAAAUUUAUAUUCAUUAUGUUGCAUUUUUACUGGUAUAUUGGACACCGUUUAAUUCACAGAUAUUGAGAAACAUGUGAAUUUUUGCGGUCUGAACGUCAGGCAAGAAGAGUAAAUAUUGUUGUAUAUGCAUUCUUUGUUUUACCAUUCACAUAUUUAAUUGUAGAUACAGUAUAUCUAUAUGGAAUUUGGUAGUCACUUUACAUUAUUCUAACAGGAAAGCUCUCUCUUGUUUAUGAAUCUUUAAACUGUCAAUGAUAUUUCCAAGUAAUUUGAUAAAAACUUACUUAAGCUAAAGUUUCUCUAGAAAUGUUUAAAGUCUAGUCUGUACUACAAAACAAGCUCAGGCAAAGUAGUGCAAUUGCAGUCAAACAAAGGCUCUUAAUGGGACAGACCACUUGAAAUUCAUGUUGUUGUUUUCCACAUUUGUGCUUUUUGCACUCUUCUCACAACUCUUUUAACUUUUGAUAUGUUUUUAUUCAUUUAUUUUUUUUACUCUUAUCUGGGAAAGAAUAAGCUUUAAUAUUUUAGUAAAUGUCAGGCAUGGUAAUUAUUUUUUCCUUUUGCACCUACGACUUGUCUUGGUCUAAUGGAUUUAGGCUUCAUUUUUAAACUUAAUUUAAUUAAGUUUCUUAAUUACUUAGUAUAACUGUUUUAAGAACAAGUAGUAUGACCUUAAUUAACUUACCAUGUGUCAUUGUUGUGGUGAAUGAUACAGUAUAUCUGGCAUUCAUGUGAGAUUAUGGGGAAGGACAUAAUAUAACCUUGCACUAUUAAUCAUCGGUUUAAGCAGCCCAUGAUUCAUGCUGAUAGACUGUGUGCUCUGUCAUUUCCUUCAUGACUGCUCUCUGAUUCAUUGUGUCUCUCUGUGUUAUUUAUUAAGAAUACUGUACAUUUCCUUAUUUGUCUGGCUUUAUAUAAAUGCAGAUUCUAUGUCAUUUAACCCAUGUGCGUAAAUAAAAAAAAAAGUUGUUCAGAGGUCCAUAGAGGACAAAAAUGUCCACGUCAAAAAAUUCCAUAAUAAUAUUAUAUAUUAAUACUAUUUUCCACUUUUAAGGAGUUAAUUUUUUAACCAACAUCAGUCCUGAUCAUAACUACUAAAUAUUUAUUCAUUUUCUGGAUUUUAACCCUUUAAAUGCCAGUUUGUUUAUAUAAUGCCACUGUUGCUGUUUUUACACAUACACAGACAAUUUCUCAAUACACACAUAUAAAACACUCUGACAUCCAUACCAUCACACCCACACAAUUUUUGCUGCAUCAUUUAUUCAAUUGGCCUGCAGUGCUUUAUAAUAAAGCAAACAGAAAAUAGGAGACAAGCAAUGUAUUUGCUUCAUAGGCGAAACAAGGGAGCAAUGGUGACAUCUGGAGGAAAAUAUAAAAAAAUAAAUACAUUUGAAGCCAGGGCUCUGGAGUGAAACCAAAAUAUCAUAGAAUUCAUGAUUUUAUGCUUUAAUGGCACUGGGAUAGAAAAUAGAAUUUUUUAUGGGUUUCAAUGGGGACAUUUUUGUCUUGAGUGUAAAUAUUUUGUGUAUAAAGUUUAUUAUAGGAACUGAGGUUGAAAUAUCAAAAAUGUCCUGAAGGUCGAACAAGGGUUAACGGGGCUUUGUCUUUUUCUGAAAUACCCAGUUCAUAAAGUUGCAACUUAAAUUCACUCCAUAAUAAAACCAAGAAAUUUCAACUGUGAAAGAGUUUUCGAAUUGUUGUACUUCCCAUAUAAAUGAGGUCAGUGGGACUAGUAGAAGCCUAUUCAAAUAAGUGUUAUUAUCUUAAGCAAAUGUGGUUGAACCAAGAGCAUUUAUGAGUCCUUUCAACCCAGUUUCCUGGGUGUAAUCAAAUGAAAACUUGAUAAACCCUUAGUUUUCAGUCGUUUCAGUAAUAUUUAACAUUGCAAAAUGCUCGCUCAAAUAUCAACAUUUUCAAAAGUUGAACACAUAGCACUGCUUAGAAGUAUAUAACAUAACUCAGCAGAGACCAAGUACAUAAACAUGUGUUUUUAGAUAGUGGUGCUAUUAAAAAUAUAUGAAAUACUCAUAUAUAUAUAUAUCUCAACAAAAAAUUUUUUUAUAUAUGAGCUCUUACAUCAUGGAAUCUUUCUGACUGCAACAAUGAUGCAGUGCUGCUUAAUAAAGGUGAGGCAACGGCGCAAUACAGUGGUCAAAUCUGGUAAAGACUGGCCAGAGUGGAAAUGGAAAGCAGUCUAAUGCUGUGCAGUUGGGAGUCAAGGCAUGUUCACUAGAAUUUAUUUUUUACAUAAAAUGUUUCUGUAUCUGAUUUAUAGAUUUAUGGAAUUGUUUUGAAUUAAAGAGU